AUGCCUCUCUCCUUCCCAGACCUGUCGGGCGCCGCUUUAGAUGAUCUUCUGGAGAAGCUGACGCACUAUGCGAUCUCCAAUGGCCUACUUAUCUAUCCUCCCGACUUCAAGGCGUACCAGCCAUCGGUCGCACCGGUUACUCUUUAUCCCACGCCGUUCCCCAGAUCCCAAUUCGCCAAGGGAGUUGCGAUCUCAACCAAGUUCAACGAGCUGUAUAGCCGCGUCGUGGCGGACAAGAGCUGGCUUAAAGAAGUGAUAGCAGAUCUCUCGAAAUACGACCGCGAUUUCACCGGCAUGUUGUACAAGACAUACUUGGAGGCAGAGCCCGAGAUUGUGCAACCGGUGUCGUUGGGACUGUUUAGAUCGGACUACAUGCUGGACACGCUAUCCCAGUCGAUCAAACAGGUGGAGUUCAACACAGUGAGCGUUUCUUUUGGCGGUCUUUCGCCAAAAGUGGGCCAGUUACACAGUUUUCUCAACUCCCAGGGACUCUUCGGCAAACCGCAGUACUACCGAGACUCUGACCUGCCGAUUAGCCAGUCUAUAGAUGGUCUUGCAAACGGGCUUCUUGAGGCGGUCAAAUACUAUGAAACAACCGAACAGACAGCGUCCACAAUCGUUCUCUUUGUGGUGCAGCCUGGAGAAAGAAACGUCUUCGACCAGCGCGCCAUUGAGUACGAUUUAUUUGCCAAAGGCGUCAAAGCUGAGCGGGUGGACUUUGACAAGGUCAUUUCGUCGGUGAAGAUGGACUCCUCCCGUAAGCUCUUCUACAAGGAGCAGGAGGUGGCCGUGGUGUACUACCGUUCGGCAUAUGCUCCCAAUGAGUACAACAAGCCGGAAACCUGGGAAGCGCGGCUUCUGCUCGAAAAAACAAAGGCUAUCAAGUGCCCGUCGUUGCUGGUCCAGCUGAGCGGUGCCAAGAAAGUGCAGCAGCUUCUGACCGACCGGGCGGUGCUGGAAAAAUACGGAUUCGCGGACGAGGAGCUUUUGUCCACGUUUGUGCAAAUCUACCCGCUGGACGCCAGUGAGCAGGGCCAGUUGGCGAAAAAGCUUGCGUUUGAGCAUCCCGAGCGGUUUGUGUUGAAGCCGCAAAGAGAAGGCGGCGGAAACAACGUCUACAAGGAGGAUAUUCCUGGUUUUCUGCGCCGCUUGGACGAGAAGGAGUGGGGAGCGUACAUUUUGAUGGAGCUCAUUGUUCCUGCUGUUCACGACAACAAGAUCCUGAGGAACGGCGAUGUGCUCAACGAGGGUGUUGUGAGCGAGCUGGGAGUGUUUGGCACGCUGCUAUUCAACGAAACAGACGGCACGAUCCUCAGCAACGACUACGCGGGCUACCUGCUCCGGUCCAAAACAAGCACGUCCAACGAGGGAGGAGUCGCUGCCGGGUUUGGGUGCGUGGACAGUCUGUAUCUACACGAUUAG